AUGACUCUAUCUCCCAAGUCACUCGCCGGUCCAGGCUAUAUCAUCCUAAACUGCAUCCGUGGGAUGAACAUCGUCGGCUUGCUUGCGGUGAUCGCGGCCAGCGUGAUAAUGCUGGUGAAGACCUCGCUGCAAUCAAAGUUUUUCUUCUUCGACGCCGUGAGCCAUGUUUUGACGGCGAUUGUCGGCAUGUUUCUCCUGGCCUCGGAGCUGUCACUCUUUCGUACCUACUUCGCCCGUAAUUGGCCACUACUCAGUCCGACUCACGGCUUCGUAAGCCUUGCGCUUGCGAUGAUCGUGCUCGGCAUCAACAUGCUCGGCAACCUCAACAAGCCAGCUACCAGUGAGCAGGCCCUCGGUCUACCCUUUUGGCGCAUCGUCAUCGGUUCGGGCAUCAUAAUCUUCGUCUUGGGCUUCAUUAACCUGGUCGCCAGCUGCGUCUUCCGCGACAGAAGUCGCAACAUUACAGCCCGCCAAGUCCGCGCCAAAGGUGCC